UCGCGAUCAGCUGACAGAGUGAGUGAGGGGCCAGUGAAUGACAGUGCCGCCCCGCUGAGUGCCUGCUGAGCGUGUGACAGGAGGCAUGGACGGAGGAAAUAACUAGGGAGGAAACACUAGAUAAGGCUGGGCGUCUCAAGAUAACCGUAAUAAUAGGCUGCUAAGGUGUCAGCCACUGCCAGCCUCACGGGUCACCGCGGAGAACCUGACCCCUCCCCUGCUGAGUGCUUGAUUGACCUUUUUCUGGCCCCUGCCGUGCCCCGCCGAGUGCGUGAUGGGUGACCCGGACAGAGGGGAGCUGAUAGUGCUGCAGCAGGAGCUGGAGUGGGUGCUGAGUGAGGAGGUGCCUCGCGUCUUCUCCCUCAUCAUGCAGGUGUUGAAGGAGGGGGCCAACCACUUCCCCAUGCCCUUGUGUGGGUCUGACAGCCCCAUCAAGCAGGAGAAGUUCAUCAUGUCCACGGCCGCCCACAGCACACAGGACCAGGUGAAGUGCUUCGUCACCCUCACCGGAGACACCAUCAGCCAGGCGGACAUCAACAUGAAGGCCGCCAAGCACCAGCACCAGGUUCACCGCACCAGUGUGACGCCUGACGCUCCCUGGCGGAUCCAGCAGAUACAGGACGCCGCCAACUUCCUCCAGCUGGCCAUGCAGUACCUCCAGGGCCUGGGUGCUAAGGCCUCCUUCAGGACCAGCAGCGAGACCCUCAACGUCCUCAACCAGCUGAUCAAGCCGCUGCAGAAGGGACGCAGCAGCCUGCUCAUCCCUCGCAAGAAGACCAUUGAUGACCUCCUCUCCAGCAGGAACAUGAAGUCCCUGACGCCGCCCCUGCCCGGAGACAUUGCCGUCAGCUUUUACCUGCAGGCCCACAAGCUGGUGCUGGCCGUGUACCACCUGUCCAGCGCCAGCGGCACCAUGAAGUUUGAGAGUGUGCAGGCAGAGUGUGCCGUGCCCUGGCUCACGCCGGUGCUGGUCUGCUUCACCACGGCCCUGCACCUCGCACACCAGCUCAGGGACAAGAUUGCUGUGUUCUCUCAGUUCAAGGAUUUCACUCCCGACUCUUGCAGUGUGUCAACCAUCUCCUGCUGAGCUGUACACACACACACACACACACACACACACACACACACACACACACACACACACACACACACACCACGAUUUUACUUAAUUUAAAUACUGAUCUACUAACACACACAUACACACACACACACACAGCACUGUUUUACUUAUUUGAAAUACUUAUCUGGUAACACACACACACACACAACACUGUUUUACUUAUUUGAAAUACUUAUCUGGUAACACACACACACACAACACUGUUUUACUUAAUUUAAAUACUUAUCUACACACACACACACACACACACACACACACAGGUGGCCAUUUUUCACUCUACUUAAAUUCCAGUUGUUGUGUGGUUGUUACUGGUUGUCACAUGUUGUUAGUCCUGUUAGUGGUGUAGCAGUGGUAGUGUGCAUAGCAAAGUGAAUGAAUGGCUGAACCCACAAGCGCUUGGUGGCACAACUGUAAACACUCAGGCAGAACUCAGACCUCCCCAAGACCUUGAUAUGUUUGACCAGGGAGUGAAUUAAACCCAUUGGAAAAGCAGUCUUUACAUGUUACAAUUGCCUCUCAGCUCAGACCUUCCCAAGACCAAGGAGUGAAUUAUACCCAUUGGAAAGCAGUUGAUACAUUGCUUCUCAACUCAGACCUCCCUAAGACUGUACACUGUUAGGCCAAGGAGUGAAUUAUACCCAUUGGAAAAGCAGUGUAUGUACGUUUCAAUAAUUGCUUCUCAACUCAGACCUCCCCAAGACUGUACACUGUUAGACCAAGGAGUGAAUUAUACCCAUUGGAAAAGCAGUGUAUGUACGUUUCAAUAAUUGCUUCUCAACUCAGACCUCCCCAAGACUGUACACUGUUAGGCCAAGGAGUGAAUUAUACCCAUUGGAAAAGCAGUGUAUGUACGUUUCAAUAAUUGCUUCUCAACUCAGACCUCCCCAAGACUGUACACUGUUAGACCAAGGACUAGAUUGCGAGGAAAUACUUAGAUAUAUACUUAAUGGAGAGUCUACUGUAUGUAUAUGUUUGUAAUAGUUGACCUCCAUGCCCUGUUGUCCCCCCUUGAAAAGCUCUAUGUAUAUAAUUAUAUGGUAAAGUUGACCCCUCACACCCUGUUUGACUGAGGAAUGCAUUUGUCCCCCUUGAAAAGCUGUAUGUAUAUAUCUAAUAGUUGACCCCACACUCUUAGCCUCCCAAAUAGUCUGACUUCUACCUGAGUAUAAUAGAAAGGAAGGAAAGAAAGACAGAAAGAAAGGAAGGAAGGAGAAUAAAAGGAGGGAAGGAAGAAGGAAAGAGUGUAGGGAAAGAAAGUACAUUGAUAGGUAAUUGGUGCAUGAUGAAGUAUAAAUAUGAAUAGAAAUCUUGUAUAAGUUUGUGAGUUCUAAUAUAUUCGUUCCAUCUGCG